CACGAGUCCAUUCCCCGUUCAUUGCCGGGAGACGAACAAGGUGAGCCGCGACAGCAGCCGGUGUGCUUCCUCCUCCCCUGGAUCUGCUCAUGCCGUUCCCCGGAGCGAAUACCUCGGCGGCGUUGGCCUCUGGAUCUAUCUUGGCUGCUAGGGGUGCAGGUGCGCACGACGCGCCGUGCGUUAUGGGCGGCGGCGACCACGUUGUGCCCUAUUCGGCUAUUGGCUCGUCGGAUCCGCCGGCCCGGUCUCGCCGGACGUGCCUGAGUUAGAUCAAGGGGUGGGCUUGGCUGAUGGCGAAUUUUCCGGGGCAUCCUGCAAGAACUUCAGCUCUGGAGGCGGGGAUGUGGCGUCGGGAUUGGCAACUCCAGCCGGCGUCUCGCACAACUCCGUCCAGUCCAGCGGCUGCAGUGGCCCGGCGGAUUCGUGCACGACAUUCAGUUCAGGGGGCGUGGUCCAGCCGUCGGGAUUGGCGACUCCAGCCGUCGUCUCGCACAACUCCGUCCAGUCCAGCGGCAGCAGUGGCGCGGCGGAUUCGUGCACGACAUUCAGUUGUGGAGGCAUGGUUCAGACGUCGGCACGGGUCGGCGACGGGACGUCGGACGUCGUCUCGAGCUGCGACGUGCAGUCCGCACGUCACAGCGGCCCAGCUUCGGCGAACACCACCAUCCGCGUAGGCUGGAAGUGCAGGCCAAGAGGUCCUAGUGCUGCAGACGAGAGGGCUGUAGUAGCUGAUCGUGUGCCGCCACUGGAAGCUGCUAUUCGAGGGUUCGCUGAUAGGGGGACGGUGGCGGUCGUGAACCCGGUGCUUGGCACUAUUUUUGAUUCGCUGGCAGAGGCGUAUGAAUUCUACAAUCUAUAUUCAUGGGAGGUCGGCUUUGGGAUUCGUUACGGCAAGAGCAGGCAAAAUGUCAAUGGGACGAAGUGUAUGCAAGAGAUUGUGUGCGGCCGCGCUGGCAAACCAGAAAGGGAGAACAGCUCGUCGAUGAGGAGCAAUUGCGCCGCCAUGCUUCGGUUGCACCGGACAGAUGAUGGUGGGUGGUAUGUAUCUGAAAAUCGCGCCUCCCACAACCAUGAAUUGCUACGGACAUGUGCUGAGAAGCUGCAUUGGCCAUCACACCGGCACAUUGACACAUACACAAGAGAUCUCGUGAAACAGUUGCGCCAAAACAAUGUAAAUCUGGGGAAGGUAUACACCAUCAUUUGGAGCCUGUUUGGGCGGAUGGAGAACGCCCCAUUCACAAAGAGGUGCCUUAGGACUUUCUGUGGGAAGCUUAGCAAGGAGCAGGCGGAUGAUGAUGUGCGGAAGACCAUGGAUGCAUUCUCUGAGCUCGGGUCAAAUGAUCCGGAGUUUUCAUAUGUUGUUGAGGUUGAUAAGGAAAGCAAGAUAAAAACCCUGUUGUGGACCAAUGGUAGAAGUAAGAUGCAGUACCACAAUUUCGGGGAUGUCAUAACGUUCGAUACUACAUACAAGACAAAUCUAUACGACAUGCCUUUUGGGCUGUUCGUGGGGGUGAACAAUCACUUCCAGAGUAUCAUCAUGGGCGGGGUAAUGAUGAGAGAGGAAACGAUCGAGAGUUUCAAAUGGGUAUUCACAGAAUUCAUCAGGCUGAUGGGUGGCAAACCUCCGAAAACGGUACUAACAGAUCAAGCGCGCGCGAUGGAGGUGGCUAUACAACAAACGAUGUCGGAUACUACACAUCGCUGGUGCAAGUGGCAUGUGCUAAGGAAGGCGAAGGACCACCUUGGGCCGCAUUACACGAAAAGCAGUGAUUUCAGGGCUGCGCUGCACAAGGUUGUCAAUGAGAUGCUCACUGUAGACGAGUUUGAAGCAGCUUGGGCUGAGCUGCUAGACAAAUACAAGCUCCACAACAACACGUUCCUGAUCCAGAUUUUCGAGGUUCGCCACAAGUGGGCGAAGCCUUAUUUUAGUGGGAAAUUCUGUGCGAAGCAAACCAGUACGCAAAGAAGCGAAAGUGCAAACCAUUUGUUGAAAGGCUACAUCCCGCCUGCAUGCCCCAUGAACCUUUUUGUGAAGCAAUACAACAAACUGCAGUUUGACCGAGAAGCCGAAGAAGGUUUCCAAGAGAAAAGAACGAGGCUGGGCGGGAUAGUUCUCCGAUACAACUACCCUUUGGAGGAGCAUGCAAGCCAGGUAUAUACACGGACGAUGUACGAAAUGUUCGGCCAGGCUUUGUAUCGGUCUGGUCGGUAUGAUGUUGAAGAAUUUGAGCGAGGCAUCUGUUGGGGAACGUAGCAGAAAUUUAAAAUUUUCUACACAUCACCAA